UUGGCCUGCUCCCCGGCCGGGGCCGAACUCGACCUAGUGAGUCCCUCGCGGGCGAACCAGGACACAACAGAUAGUAGGCGGGUGGUGUCCCAAGGUGCAACUCACCGCCGCGCUGGCUCAGCGUGGCGGUGAGGAUGCACAGACGGUGGUAGUGGCGAGAGGUGUGUAUGGACACUGUUCCCGCGGCAGUAAUGCAAAGCGGCAAACUGCACCUGGCAACCACCGUCGCGGAAAGCGUGGCCCACGAAGCUGGAGGAGUAGAGAGAUUCGUAAACACCACGUCAGUAAGCACCGCUCGCGGGAGAAGGGAGACGACCGCGGGCACCGCGGGGAGGGAGUGCUGCACCCUCCUCGUCAAAACACCACAGGCAAGAACCGAGCUCUGCAGAGAUGGAUUGAUGCGAGGAAACUCGCCGCUCGGAAGAUACGGAAGAAAGCACACCCGCAACGUGAGGUAGAUCGAGGGAGACACGAGACCGCAGCGGCCGUCAAGGCGGCUGGGAAGAAGAAGGCACGAGAGGGCGACCUAUCGUUCGGCACGUUCAACGUA